CAUUAUAAUUUCAUCAUGUCCAAAAUUUUCACACCCACAAAUCAAAUUCGUCUCACAAAUGUGGCCAUUGUGAGGCUAAAAAAGGGCGGCAAGCGUUUCGAGAUUGCCUGCUACAAGAACAAGGUCUUGUCCUGGCGUAGCAACAGCGAAAAGGACAUCGAUGAGGUCCUGCAAACCCACACAGUUUUCACAAAUGUGUCCAAGGGCCAGGCGGCAAAGAAGGAUGAACUGCAGAAGGCCUUCAACAAGACAGAUGAAACAGAAAUCUGCAAGGAAAUCCUGAGCAAAGGCGAGCUUCAGGUAUCGGAGAAGGAGCGCCAAAGCGUGCUCGACACGCAGCUGAACAGCAUCGUCAACAGUGUGGCCGCUCUCUGCGUAAAUCCCGAGACGCGUCGCCCCUACUCGGCAUCGAUCAUCGAAAAGUCCCUCAAGGAUGCCCACUUUUCGGUGAAGAUGAACAAAAACACCAAGCAGAACACCCUGGAGGCCAUCAAAAUGCUGCGCGAGCAUCUGCCCAUCGAGCGGUCACGCAUGAAGCUGCGUGUCAGCUUUGCGGGCAAAGAAGGCGGCGGCAAGCUCAAGGAAUCUGUGGUGAAGCUGGCCAACGCCGUGGAGCACGAGGAAUGGGAGGAAUCAACGCUCCAUUUGACGUUGCUGAUAGAUCCUGGACAAUAUCGCGUGAUUGACGAGCUGGUGCGCAACGAAACCAAGGGCAAGGGUCUGCUGGAACUCCUCGAACUCAAAGAGGUCGUAGAGAAUGAAGAAGUCUUCUAA